AUGGCUCAUCGCACUGCACCAACGAUCCAUCCCACACCGCACCACACCCACUAUCCAUUCUUCACCGCACCGUACCAACGAUCCAUCCCACACCGCACCACACCCACUAUCCAUUCUUCACCGCACCGCACCAACGAUCCAUCCCACACCGCACCACACCCACUAUCCAUUCUUCACCGCAACGCACCAACGAUCCAUCCCACACCGCACCACACCCACUAUCCAUGGCUCAUCGCACCGCACCAACGAUCCAUCCCACAACGCACCACACCCACUAUCCAUGGCUCACCGCACCACACCCACUAUCCAUUCUUCACCGCACCGCACCAACGAUCCAUCCCUCACCGCACCACACCCACUAUCCAUGGCUCAUCGCACCGCACCAACGAUCCAUCCCGCACCGCACCACACCCACGAUCCAUAGCUCACCGCACCACCCCCGCGAACCUUUCCUCACCGCACCACACCCACGAUCCAUCCCGCACCGCACCGCAUCGCACCGCACCGCACCAACGAUCCUUCCUUCACCACACCUCACCGUACCCACGAUCCAUGGCUCACCGCACCACCCCCGCGAACCAUUCCUCACCGCACCACACCCACGAUCCAUCCCGCAACGCACCGCACCCUCACCGCACCAACGAUCCAUCCCUCACCGCACCGCACCACCCCCGCGAACCAUUCCUCACCGCGCACCACGAUCCAUCCCACGAUCCAUCACUGCACCGCACCGCACCGCACUGCACUGCACCGCACCGCACGCACCGCACCGCACCGCACCGCACCAACGAUCCAUCCCUCACCGCACCGCACCACCCCCGCGAACCAUUCCUCACCGCACAACACCCACGAUCAAUGGCUCACCGCACCACACCCACGAUCCAUCCCUCACCGCACCUCCCGCUCCUAACAAGCACAUAG